AUUUCCAGGUCACUUUCAACAUGGAGAGUGGAGCAGGAAAGCAUUGGACUGAAGAGGAGGUUAAAGCCUUGCUAAGCGUCUGGUCAGAAAAAAAUAUCAGAAAGCAACUCCAUGGCACCCUGAGGAAUAAAGGAAUAUUUAUCUACAUUGCUAAAAGAUUACAGGAGUUAGGAGUUUGCAGAGAUUGGAAACAGUGCCGUGCAAAGUACAAAAAUCUGAAGUAUGAAUACAGAACGGUCAAAUAUGCCCACAACUCUGGGGAUGUCACUAAAACCAUGAAAUUUUUUCAUGAUCUGGAUGCCAUAUUGCGAUAUGAACCUGUCACACAAUUAGCAGCAGAAGAAAACGGCAGGUGUUCUGCAACUGAGACGCAGCUGAACACAAGCCCCACAACAGACAACACGCAAGGUGAAAUAUCAGUUUCUUUAGAAGAUGAUGAGGAUGCUCCAGGAGAUCCACUACUUUUUAUGUCCCAUGUCAGACCAGUUCAACUAGGUAACCUGUAUCUGUGUCUCUCCCCUACCCCACGCGAUGCAGGUAAUCCAACGUCAGCAAUAGAGGCUUCCAAAACACCGACUUUUAUUCCAACAGUAGCAAAUGAAGGAGGAAAACACUGGACUGUUAAUGAAGUCAGAGCUCUGAUACGCAUAUGGUCAGACAAAAGUAUCCAACAGCAACUGGAGGGGACAGUGAGAAAUAAAAGAAUAUUUGAACAGGUUGCUGCUAGACUUCAAAAUUUUGGAAUUGACAGGGACUGGAAGCAGUGCAGGACAAAAUAUAAAAAUCUGAAACAUGAAUACAAGAGUGUAAAAAGUGCCCAAGACUCAGGGAGUACAAGUAAAAGUAUGAAAUUUUUUAAUGAACUGGAUGCUAUUCUGGGGCACAGCACCAUGGAACAAGCAAGUAAAUCAGAUAAUGAUGAAAGUGGGAGGCCUCCAGAAUGGACUGAAGCAAAAUCAAAAAAGGACUGCAUAGAAAUGCCUGGAGACACAGGUGAAGAGGACUCUAUUAGUAAUAUGUCAGAAGACCUACGGGUUGCAGAUAUAAAGAAAGUUUCUGACUCAGAAAUCCUCGAAGACGAGGAGGACUUCACUAAUUCCACCCAGGCAGCUCUGGAAGCCACACAAAUAAAGAAGGAGACAAUUGACAUAGAUGAUGAUUCCUUAAGCACUACCUCAGAAGACAGAUCUUGUACACCAGUAGCAAAGCGGAUAGUUGGAACCGACAAUCAAAUUCCCUUGGAUGAAGCACAAAAUCACUUUAAAGUUAUUACAGUUAAUGAUACCGGAGCAGGAAAACACUGGAGUGAUAAUGAAGUCAGAGCUCUGAUAAACAUAUGGUCAGAUGCAAAGAUACAACAAAUGCUUGAAGGAGCCACAAGAAAUAAGGAAAUAUUUGAGGAAAUUGCCAGAAGGUUAAUGAAACGUGGAAUAGACAGAGACUGGAAACAAUGUCGCACAAAGUACAAGAACUUAAAGUACGAAUACCGAGCACUGCAGAAAGAAAAUGAACAUCAUGGUAAUCCCAGGAGAAAAAUGAGGUUUUAUGAUGAAGUUGACUGCAUCUUAAGAAGGCAGCCUCUAGGUCCAUCAAGUUGGGGAUGUGAAAGUUCUAGCCUCCUAUCAGUUUCAGUGGGAGAAGUUACAGCAAACACAGGAUCGUUGGGUGUCAAGAGAAAAGCAUGGAAUGAUGAGAUGUCACCUGUUCCACUCAAGAAAAGUCCUUCUGAAAACACCAUACUCCAGUUUCAAAAACUAUUAACAGAGAAAGUGCAUACAGUGACAGAAGGCAAAAAGUUACUGUUAGAAAGGCUUUGUAAGCAGGAAGAAAUGCAAGACCUCAACAGAUCACAGCUGUAUGGUGACCCAUCAGCCAUAAAACAGGUGUCUGCUCCCGCUGCCGCCAUGGCCCCCGCAGCAUCAGAACUGAAACUUGGUAAAAAAAUUAAUGAAGGUAAAACAAAAGAAGUGUUCGAGUUGCCAGAGAUCCCAGGAUGUGUUUUGAUGCAGUCAAAAGACCAAAUAACAGCAGGAAAUGCAGCCAGGAAGGACCGUAUGGAAGGGAAAGCUGCAAUUUCCAAUACAACAACUAGCUGUGUGUUUCAGUUGCUUCAAGAAGCUGGAAUCAAAACAGCUUUUGUCAGAAAACAUAGUGACACAGCAUUCAUAGCAGGUCACUGUGAAAUGAUCCCAAUUGAAUGGGUGUGCAGAAGAAUUGCUACUGGCUCCUUCCUCAAAAGAAACCCUGGUGUCAAAGAAGGAUAUAAGUUUUAUCCACCCAAAAUUGAGAUGUUUUAUAAGGAUGAUGCCAAUAAUGACCCACAGUGGUCUGAGGAACAGCUAAUUGAAGCCAAGUUCUGUUUUGCUGGACUUACUAUUGGCCAGACUGAAGUGGAUAUUAUGGCACACUCUACUCAAGCUAUUUUUGAGAUCCUGGAAAAAUCAUGGCAGCCACAGAACUGCACUCUGGUAGACCUGAAGAUUGAAUUUGGUGUUAAUAUUUUAACAAAAGAAAUCGUUCUUGCUGAUGUUAUUGAUAACGAUUCAUGGAGGCUGUGGCCAUCAGGAGACAGAAGCCAGCAGAAGGACAAACAGUCUUACCGGGACCUAAAAGAAGUUACUCCUGAAGCACUGCAGAUGGUUAAGAGAAACUUUGAAUGGGUUGCAGAAAGAGUGGAGUUGCUUCUGAAAACGAAGAGCCAAGGUAGAGUUGUGGUGUUGAUGGGAUCUCCUUCUGACCUCAGUCACUGUGAAAAAAUAAAAAAGGCAUGUGCAACCUUUGGAAUACCUUGUGAGUUAAGAGUGACCUCUGCUCACAAAGGGCCAGAUGAAACUCUAAGGAUCAAAGCAGAAUAUGAAGGAGAUGGAAUCCCAACAGUAUUUAUUGCAGUAGCUGGCAGAAGCAAUGGUUUGGGGCCAGUAAUGUCUGGCAACACUGCUUACCCAGUUGUCAACUGUCCUCCACUCUCAGCUGACUGGGGUGCUCAGGAUGUGUGGUCCUCUCUCAGACUACCCAGUGGUCUUGGCUGUCCUACUACUCUGUCACCUGAAGGAGCUGCCCAGUUUGCUGCCCAGAUAUUUGGAUUAAAUAACCACUUGGUGUGGGCAAAACUGCGAUCAAGCAUGUUAAAUACAUGGAUCUCCCUGAAGCAGGCGGACAAAAAACUUAGAGAAUGCACCCUGUAAGUCAAGCUGACAAAUAACUUAUACUAGUUUCACAAUGAUGAUGGAGUACAUGUUUGCAUUAGGAUUUACACUUGGAUGAGCUGAAAAAUACUUUAUCCUUUCUUAUAGAAGAAAGUAUUGUUAGAACAAUUAAGUUUGUCUUCAUCUUUUUUUUUUUUUAACAACAACAUAGUGAAAGAUGAAGGAGUAGUAUUUUUCUCUCUAUUGCUCCAAAAUGGUGCUGCUCUGCUCUUUAGUGUAUACUGUUAACUACAGUCUCUGUUUAGUGUCAAGAUAAUGAUUUGGUGUGAUUUAAAUAGAAUUUCACUUGUUUUUAGUAACAGUACUACCCUUCUGUAGUAAUAAUGUAAGUCUUGAACAUACUGACUGCUAAUGAAAACCAUGCUGUUUUGCUUGCAAUGAUGGUAUGCUUUCUUUAGCAAUAAAAUGGCAACAUAUGCUAAAUUGAUAGGAAAAUAAGCUGGAAAACCUGGUAUUAAAAGACUAAAAUACCUGCCUUAAAAAGCCUAUCACUAUUUUUUGGAAUUAUGUGGUAAGAGUUAAUGCUAACUUUCUUGUUCGCAACAGGCCAUAAACCUGAAUUGUCUUGAGUGAACUCAGACUAGCUUUGUUGCCUAGCUGCUCUAACUAGUUAAGUCUUUGGCCUUUCAAAUACAGAUCUCUUAUUUCACUAGUUCUAAAGGACCGAUGAUGUUGUCAAAUUGCCUUCAUUCACUUAACUCUAGCUGUUAUGUAUCUGUAUUUCCUCACUCUUUAUUUCUGUAGAGAUUUUACUGAAGGUGGAAAUAAAUAGUAAAGCAGCAAAAUACUAGGGGAAAAUCUAAGCAUGACUGUCUUGUCUCUGCACAUAUAGCUCUUCUGUUAAAUAGGUACUGAUUCUAACAAAUAUGCAGUUAAUGUAUGUAACACUUGUGCUUUUACAACUACAAAUAAACUAUUGUAUUCAAAGCUUC